GCUCGUGAAACAGCAUUCGCACAGUUUAGCGCUAUAUUCAAUUUUGCCAAGUUGCGGUAAGCUUGAAUCGGGGGAAAUUGUAUAAGCAUAUGAAUGACCAGAAUGAAUGUAACUAGUCACGAAGAGGUCGAGGUGCCCAACCGUCCUUUGUUUGCUGGGAGCAUUCGCACAGACGGGUACGGUGUGGAUUGUAUUUUCACACGGCGAAAGCUUGAAAGCCUGCCACAACUAGCCAUCGAAGAUUUUACUACCGCUGAACUCGACAGAACUUUCCAUCUAUGGGGAGUCGAUCCAGGGAUCACGGAAAUUUUCGUCGCCAGCGAUGGACAUGGCCAACAAACACACCAGAUCCGGAGGUGCUCAACGGCCGAAUUUUACCACAAUUCGGGGGUUAAGAAAUCAGCAGCGAAAAUGCUUGCAAUGAAGCAGCAGACAGUGACUGAUGGGCGAACCAUUGCUGAUAUUGAGCGGGAUUUGCCGUCACGAAAAUCAUCUCACAAAGCGAAUAUCAUCCGUUAUGCCCAAGAAUUAUCCCAGGAUCUGGAUUCCAUGCUCAAUUUUACGAUGAUCGCUUUUCCUCGCUCCGUUUCUUGAACUACAUCGGCAAGCAAAAGGCGGAAAGCGAGCUUGUGAACAUCAUGCUCAAUGGUGGCAAA